AUGCAGCAGGAUAGUCAACCACGGCGAUGGUGGUAUCGAACCACCGAUGGCACAGCGUGGUCGAGCCUCGCCCUCUUUCACCAUCAAUCAAUCGCACACACGCCUUCGUUUGACUCAGGAUGCAGUAAGAGGGUGGAAACGAGUGCCAACGGCUCUUAUCAUGAAGUCAUGUUGCCGCCUGGCAAGGAUGUGGUGGAGAUGUGGUAUUUUGAGACAAAGAAACACAUCCAUGUCUGUGGGAUGCUCCUCCAAUGGUGGAUCUCGACGGCGCCUCCGGCCACGAAUGUGGACUAG